CAGUCGCCCAAUUGUUAUUUAAAGCGCCCCUCUCUUCCCCCCUCGUCGGGGCGUUCGGAUUCCUGCGGUUCCCCGAGACAUGAUCCUUCCCCAUCCCCAUGGCUACAGGAACGAUCGACCCUUCGGCCCCUAAGGACGUCCAGGGGUCCUCGUCCCCACCCAGAGAUAUCGAUACGGGGCCAAAUAAUGUUCAUGAGAAGGAAAAACAGAUGGUGGCUGCUAUCCGACCGCCGCACCAGCGACAUCUAAGUCCUUUCGUCAUCACCGAGCGGCCGGAGGAAAAACAGCUCGGCGUGUCUACCCGCACCUUGACGGUUGAUGACUUUGCGCUUUUGAAAACCCUUGGCACCGGCACGUUCGCCCGGGUAUGGCUAGUGAGAUUGAAGGACGAGAUUCGACAGAGGGAUAAAGUCUAUGCACUCAAAAUACUACGAAAGGCAGAUGUGAUCAAGUUGAAGCAGGUCGAACAUGUGCGCAAUGAGCGGAAGACCCUCUCAGCGGUGGCAGGCCACCCUUUUAUAACGACACUAAUAGCCUCUUUCUCCGAUAGCCAAAGUUUAUACAUGCUGCUGGACUAUUGCCCUGGUGGUGAGAUAUUUAGCUAUCUACGGCGCGCGCGACGGUUCAACGAAAACACGGCCAAAUUCUAUGCGGCCGAAAUAACUCUCACUAUCGAAUAUCUCCACGACGUGGAGGGUAUCGUGUAUCGUGACUUGAAACCCGAAAAUAUUCUUCUGGAUGCCGAAGGCCACAUUAGGCUUGUCGACUUUGGAUUCGCGAAGAAAGUGGGUGAUCGGGAGACGUACACCCUAUGUGGCACCCCAGAGUACCUUGCCCCGGAAGUCAUUCAUAACAGUGGCCAUGGGCUUGCAGUCGACUGGUGGGCCCUAGGUAUUUUGAUAUACGAGUUCCUGGUUGGACAGCCGCCUUUCUGGGAUCAGAAUCCUAUGCGUAUAUACGAACAGAUUGUUGAAGGCCGCAUACGCUUCCCCCAAAAUAUGUCGCCGGCGGCCCAGAACAUCAUAUCUUUACUUUGCAAGACCAGCCCGACAGAGCGUCUAGGGCACAUUUCUGGGGGCUCUGCCAGAGUCAAGUCACAUCCAUUUUUUGAGGAUAUUCAAUGGGAUGAUUUGUUUUACCGCCGUAUUAAAGGACCCAUUAUUCCGAGAGUCGACCAUCCUGCAGACACCGGAAAUUUCGAAGAGUAUCCUGAUCCGGAUGUGAGAAGUCAAAAUGUUUACACCGAUGAUUUGAGGAAAAAAUACGAGGCUUUGUUUAGCGACUUUUAGGAGCGGUGUUCUGAAAACCUCCCAACCAUACAAUUGAGCAAACAUCCUUUUAUGAACAUACUGACGCUACGCGAUAAGCUCAGCACGCCGGAGGACGAUUCAGGCAUUC